AUGGGCUUCUCCUUACCUCCUCCGCAUCUGCGGGCGUGGUAUAGCUAUGCUUUUGCAGCUGAAGUCUUUUCUGCCUGCGCCUUGGCUAUCUUCCUACCAAUAACGCUGGAACAGAUGGCCCGUGAGGUCGGAUUCUACGCGCCUGACCUUCUGGAACCUUGUCAAACAAGUAGUGAUAUUGUGGAAGGCAUUGGAAGAGUCUGCAAAGCAAAGAUAAUGGGCGCUUGGAUUGACACCGCAUCCUUCAGUAUGUACGUCAAGUCAGUGGCUGUCGCCUUUCAAGCCAUUUGUAUCAUCUCUGUUGGACCCCUAGCAGACUCUACGUACUGGCGCAAACGUCUGUUGAUCACAUUCGCCUACUCUGGCUCUAUCGCCGCCACACUCUUCCUCCUCUUUCCCCAUUCCUCCACCCCUCUUCUAUCAGCGCUCCUCAACAUUAUAUCCGGCGCAGCAUACUCGACCAGUAUCGUCUGCGCGAAUGCCUUCUUACCGCAGCUCGCUCGAGAGGACGAAGACGUACGAAGACUCUGGGAUGAGAGGAUGUCGGCGGAUGUCCGGGAGGAGGGCCCAAUAGAGCAGGACGAAGAGCUGAGUGAUCUGAGUGGCGGCCCUGACUCGGGGGACGAAGCGACGCAUCUUCUACCCCACCAACUCGUCCCAGCGGUCAUGGCCAUCUCGACGCAAGAUCUCGCCGACGCUGACAAUGCCGUCAAGACCUCUCUCCACGACACCACUCCAGAAUCUCGAUACGACGCUCUUUUAUCCCUCACCACUUCUCGCCUUUCCUCGAUCGGCAUCGCUGUUGGCUUCUUCUCGGGCGUAUCCGUUCUGAUACUGCUUCUCAUUCCUGUUUUGGCGCUGGACGGUUCGACCUUUUCUUUACGACUGGGCAUCGGGCUGAGUGGAAUUUGGUGGGCCGUUUUCACCAUCCCUUCCUGGCUUGGAUUGCCUUCGAAUGGAGAAGAUAGGUCCGAGAUCAGUACGCGCCAGAUCAAAGAAGCUUGGGUGAAAAUGGGGAGUAUGAUCGCCCCUAGCCAGAUACGGCAGCUACCAGGUCUGUACACCUAUCUCCUAGCCUGGAUCUUUCUAUCAGAUGGCUUCCACACAACUACCUACGCCGCCAUCCUCUACGCCUCCUCCGUCCUCUCCAUGUCCCCACCCAAAAUCAUCCUCGUCGGCAUCCUCGUCCAGCUCGCCGCCGUCAUCUCAUCCACCCUCGUCCCCCGCCUCCAACACCGUCUCUCCACCCCCGACAAACCUAUCACAAACUUCAAUAUCCUCAUCUGCUGCGUCCUGGCUGCUAUCAUCAUACCGUUCUAUACUUCUUUGGGGUUGGUGGUGUCGUUUGCGGGGUUGAGGACGGAGGGGGAGAUGUAUGUGUUGGCACUCUGGUUCGGCCUCAUAUUCGGCCCCUUCCUCUCCUAUUCCCGCGCAGUCUAUGCCGAACUCAUCCCCCCGGGCCACGAAUCCACCUUCUUCUCCCUCUUCUCCUUCACCGACAAAUCCGCCUCCUUCAUCGGCCCCGCCGCCGUCGGCCUCAUAUCCGACUUGACGGGGAAUAUACGGUAUGGGUUCUUGUUCUUGUUGGUGAUGUUGGUGGUGCCGAUACCGGUGCUUUGGAGGGUGGGGAUUGAGAGGGGGAGGAGGGAUGCGGUUAGGUGGGCGGAGAGGGUGCAGGGAAGGGGAGGGAGGGAUUAG